AAUAAACAAUCACACUUGACUAACAUAGGUUUUCGGAUUGCUUGAAAAGUAUAGCUAAUUGAUUUUCAAUUUCCCUAGAAGAUAUCGCUGCACUUCAUGAACAUGAGCGUGACAGAACAACAGAAAGCUUACCAUUUGAGAAAAUUGCGAACACGGUGUCACAGAAUGGAUAUAAACCACGAUGGUUACCUCUCACGCGAGGAUUUUGAGCUCGUGGCCAAAAGAUUGGUGGAAAUGGCAAGUGGGAUCACCAAGGAGAAGAGUGAAGAAAUACAUGCAGCAUUCUUGAGUAUUGCUGAUUUAAUUGGUUUAAAACCUGGCGUGAAAAUUCCGUUGGAAGAAGCAGCCAAGAUUGGCAGUGACCGCUAUUUGUCCCCAACUAGCAAGAAACCGACUGCACAUCAUGACCUGCUGUUUAAUUGCAUCGAUACAAACAGCGAUGGACACAUAUCCAUCGAGGAAUUCAAGGUCUACUUCAAAGUUGUGGGGAACGAUAUGAGUGAUGAAGAAAUUAAGCAUUCCUUUGACGCUAUCGAUUCGAAUGGCAACGGUGAAAUUAGUCGUGAAGAGUUCGUUGCAGCGGCAAAAGAUUUUUAUUUUGGUGUGGAAGAGACCGAGGUAUCGAAUGCGUUUUAUGGAAAAUUGCUUCCCUGUUAACUAUAUAACGGAAUGAAUCACAUAUUUUUGCAUCAAUUUUGUGGAACGUUAAUUAAAUACUACAAUAACAACGCGAUAAUUAAAAUCGAACUUCAUUUAAUAUUUAGAAUACAAAUCUAUAUUUGUACUGGAAGAUAAUUGUUGAUAAUCUUUGAAUAAAAUUGAAUAUGUUUUGUACGUUAAGUUCGUGGUAUAUACUGUAUUUUCUUUUCGAGAUCGAACGCAAACACGUGCUAAUUCUUUGAAAAGAACAUUCAGAUAUUCUGCUGCUAAAGUCUGGAACCAAAGUUUUUAAUAAAUAGUAACUGUAUCUUUUACACUUUUUGGGAGGGGUUUACUGG